AUGCGCUUUCUUUCCGUUCUCGCGCUCGCAGUCACACUUGCGCCGCACUUUGCGCAUGCAACGACCCAACUCAGUUUCUUCGAACACAACUCUUGCAAUGCAGGGACGUCGUUCGAGGUAUACACCGAUUACAACGCUCUCACAGCCGACACGUCCUGCCAUGAGCUGUCCAAUGGGACGAUAGCGUUCUACGUGAAUCAAAUGGACCAAGGUUGUUCA